AAUGUGCUAUUUACAGCCACUGAAAUGAAGCGUCGUCAGAAAUAGGUCGAUAUAAUCUCUGCCUUCUUUCUAAGAAGCGAAGUUCUCUUCGUCAGGAAAUAGAAUUAAUAUUUGAGCUGUUGAUUUAGUACAAACAUUUAAUGUUCUUUUACGAAAAUACAUGUUGACAAACACGCGAGGAAUCCCUAUAGUAGUGAAGUCCCGAUACAGUAACCAUGGCAACUGAACGAUUGGCGAUCUUUUUUCUUCUAUAACUUUGCAGGAUGAUUUUCCUGAUCGCAGGAGUUUAAAAUAGAAUCGAACAAACAGCAGUGGAGUAAAAAACGGAGGCAACCACGUGACUCAUGAAAACAAAUAUUACCUCAUAUUGUUACAUAUGACCUAAAAAACGUUUAGCGUUAAGAAACAACGGGCUUAAUCCAUUUAUACGUUUGAGAAUAGAGAGCAAUUCUGAAUUCAGUACUCAAAAUUAAUAAUGCAAGAUCUACCAUGACAGCAGACGUUGAAAACUCCACAUUAUUGGAAAAUAAAACUAAACUUGACAUAUUAGAUUUAGUUGGAAACAAUGGGCCGUGGCAACGCCUGAUAUUUAUAGUGAGCUUAAUUUGUGCCAUUCCCAUUGCUUCACAAAAUUUAGUUAUCACUUUCUUUGCUCCAAAUCUGGAUCAUUGGUGCGCUAGACCAACUGGUGUAAAUAUCUCCGCUGAAGAAUGGAAACUUCGAGCUCUACCUGCACAUGACCAAAAAUGUUCCAAGUUCAAGUAUUUUAACAUAACCGAUGUGUAUCCUGUAAAUAUUAAUUACACUGACUCUGAUAUUGUUCCUUGUGAUUCGUGGGAGUAUGAUAACUCUAUCUAUGUUUCGACAGUCCUAAGCAAAUGGGAUUUAGUUUGUGAACAAGAAUGGUUAGUUUCCUUGUCAAAAUCAGUAUUUGUAGCGGGCUAUUUGUUUUCCGCAACUGUGAUUGGACAUUUCGCAGAUAAGUAUGGCAGAAAGCCUAUAAUUGUGAGUUGCAACAUUAUUGCUCUCUUCUCAUCUGUCAUAUGUGCCUUUUCCACAUCAUUUCUCAUGUUUUCUGUUCUAAGAUUUCUUAUUGCUGUUGGUGUUUCGGGUGUUUUUAACGCUGCUUUCGUUUUAUUGAUGGAAGUUGUGUCUCCUGCAUACAGACCAAUAUACGGCUUGAGUAUUAAUUUCGGUUGGUGUCUUGGAUUUGUGUCUCUGCCUCUGAUUGCUUGGAUAAUUCGUGAUUGGUUUUGGAUUCAACUUUUUAUAACUGUGCCAAAUGUCUUCUUGCUGUCCAGUUAUUGGUUGCUUCCAGAAUCUCCAAGAUGGUUAAUGUCCCAAGGAAACAUCGAAGAAGUUGAGAGAAUUUUGACUAGAGCUGCAAAAAUGAAUAACGUAGACACGUCUGAUUUGAGUAAAAAUGUUAAAGAAAUUAUGGUUGCUAAAAAAACGGAAGGGGAAGAGAGAGAAAAACCAAGUGGUAACUUUUUGGAUUUAUUAAGAACUCCGGGACUGUGGCAGAAAACGCUGAAUUUAUUUUACCUUUGGUGCAUAAUUGCGUUUAUGUAUUAUGGUCUUUCAUACAAUACAAAUGAGAUGGCCGGAGAUCCUUUUAUAAAUUUUGCUGCUUCUGGUGCUAUAGAAAUACCGGGUUAUUUCAUCUCUAUAUUUAUCAUCAAGUACUAUGGUCGAAGGAAUCCAUUAUCGGCGUCUCUGAUUAUUGGAGCCCUAGCCUGUUUUUUGAUGUAUCCUCUACCACAAGAUCCUUGGUGGUUAAAUGUUAUUGUCUCAAUGGUGGGAAAAUUCUGUAUCACCUGUGCUUUUGGAGUUUUAUACAUUUAUACAGCAGAAAUCUUCCCAACAGUUGUCAGAAAUGUGGGCAUGGGUUCUGCUUCUCUUUGUGCAAGGAUUGGCUCCAUUGUUGCUCCAUUUGUUAGAGAAUUGGGACAUGCCACGCAUGCUGUUGUGCCACAAAUUAUAUAUGGAGUACUGGCAGGUAUUGCUGGUCUCUUAGUCUUGUUGCUACCGGAAACAAAUAAUUGUCGCGUACCAGAUACUUUGGAAGAAGCAGCAAAAUUUACCAGGAAAAGGAGUUGUGUGAGAGAGACUAAUCACCUACCCAUGCAAGAGUUGGUGAGUGAAAAGACUUAAGUUGGUUUACAUGCAAACUAGCAUGUUCAAGUGCAUUAUAGAACACGUAUCAUGAAAAGGUUGAAUCUCAUCAUUUGCUUAAACAAAAAGCAUUAAAUGUGCUUUAAAUAUUUA